AUGUCUUGUGCAUUACAGCAUCUUAAUGUUAAUGAUCAUUACGCGGUUGUUCUUUAUGAAAAAAUCGACAAAACUGUUGAAAGAAUUGAAAGUGAUUCUUUCAAAUUAUUUGAAAAAUGUCUUGAAACUAAUGAACAAUUCCAAUAUAAUGGUCCGUUGAGAACAACUAAUUACCAAUCUAUUGGACAUUAUGGCCUUGUUCUUCGCAACAGCCAAAACUACAUCGAUCUUGCUAAUAAUUCUACUUUUGUACAGAAAUCUCUUGCUUUUAGAACUUUUCAUAACAGAGAAAAUAUUGGCUUGUUUAUCAAUUUUGAUCCUUUCCCUUAUAAAGAUGCUAAAGCAAAGCCGAUUCCUUACUACCCUGAUUAUGAUUAUGAUGAUUACGAUGAUUACGGUGGAGGGCCAGACUUUGACGAAGUAGAUGAAAUUGAUUUUGUAGAUGAUGAUGAAGUUUUAUAA